AGUCUACUGGGAAGAAAACAAAGGAGUGAGAAGGACUAACAACCAGUCAUGCUACUGAUCUACUUUGCAUCAGUUCUCAUCUGUUCUGCAGCAGUCUCUCACUCAGAGUUCUCCCUGGUUGUCCCUUUAUCUUCGGUCUCAGCACAGUUGGGUUCUUCAGUUGUUCUGCCCUGCAGUCUUUCUCCACCUUUAAACAGCGAAACUUUUGAAGUCCAGUGGUACAAGAACAAGGACUCUGAAGAAACUUUUCUUCUCCGCAAAGCCGAAAAUGUGCAGGAGACCGUGAGGGAUGCUAGGUACAAGGACAGAGUGUCUCUGAUUGGGGAACUGGAGAAAGGGAACAUCUCAUUGGAACUGAGGAACCUCACGACGGCAGAUGAAGGAGAAUAUGUGUGCUUUGUAGAGACCAUCAGCUGGUAUGAGAAGGCCAGCGUGAACCUGGUCGUAAAUGAGUUCUCCCUGGUUGUCCCUGAAUCUUCUGUCUCAGCACAGUUGGGUUCCUCAGUUGUUCUGCCCUGCAGUCUUUCUCGACCUAUUAACACCAGAUCUUUUGAAGUCCAGUGGUACAAGAACAAGGACUCUGAAGAAACAGUUCUGCUCCACAAAGCCGAAAAUGUGCAGGAGAUCAGGAGAGAUGCCAGGUACAAGGACAGAGUGUCUCUGAUUGGGGAACUGGAGAAAGGGGACAUCUCAUUGGAACUAAAGAACCUGAUGGUGGCAGAUGAAGGAGAAUAUGUGUGCCAUGCUCAAAGCAUCAGUUGGUAUGAGAAGGCCAGCGUGAACCUGGUUGUGAAAGCACUGGGUUCUCCUGUUGUUGUCUCAUUUGCGGAUGCUGGAGAAUUAACAUCUGAAAUACGAAUGGUGAUUGUGACCUGUACAUCAGCUGGAUGGUCACCAAAACCCACACUCACCUGGAGAGACAGCGCAGGACGAGAACUCCCAAACACCCACACUCACUACAGAACUGACUCUGAAGGCUUAGUGAGUGUGAGCUCGUGGUUGCUUGUAUCUCCGUCUCAGUCAGACUGGAUCUUCUGUACUGUGGGUUUAAACCAUCAGGAAGUGAGAGAGAGCAGAAUUGUUCCACUCAGAGGAUCCUGGAAGGAAGCCUUCGUCUUAACUCUGGUGGUGUCAUUAAUUAUCAUCAUCAUCUUCACCAUUCUUCUAAUUUUAUCCAGAAAAGGUUUACUCCCGCACUGUUCAUCUCAUAAAAAAGCAAAAGCAGCAGUUAACUCACACGAGUCUUUACAAUCAGAGACGCUUCCUCUCAACACUCAACAGGAGCAAGGUAUCAGUCCACUCUCUGCAGCUCCAGAACCGACUGAAGAGCGACCAGCUUGGCAGGAGAGAUAUAAAGUGAGUCUCACUUUGGAUCCAUCAACAGCUCAUAAAUGUCUGAAAGUCUCCAGGGACAGGAAAAGUGUAUCCUGUGAAAAACCAAACAGUAAAUCUGACUGUAAAUUUCCUGAUGUUGUGAGUAAAGAGAAGUUCGGCUCAGGGCAGCACUACUGGGAGGUGAUGAUCCGGGAUAAAACAUCAAGGGCACGGCCAAAAUCAUCAUGGUGUGUAGGAGUGACUCUGAAACCCGAGGCAGCACCACCGGCUUCGAUAGUCUGGAGGGUUUAUGAAGCCAUCUGGAAAUCUGAAUACAAGAAUGUUCUCGCAGCUCUCUGUUAUGAAGAAGGCACUGGGUUAUACCCUAAUACUCAUGAUUCCUGUAAAAUAUCCACUGAAUGUAACAUGUACACAUUAGGGCUGCAUUUAAACUGUGAAAGUCGCACACUUUCCUUUUAUAAUGCAGAUAAACCCUCUCAUAAUCAUCUCUACACAUUUGAUACCAUCCCACAGGGCACGUAUUACGCGUUACUCAGUCCAGGAGUGAAAGAUGAACAUCCUAUCAGAAUCAUUGAAAUCUCAUAGUCAUUUACAACAGUGCAUUAGAUCCAGAUGUGUGUUGUGAUGUUCAGCAGGUAGAACUUCCUGUAACUGAAAUAAGCCUAAUGAAAUCAAAGAAGCGUAUUCACACUACACAAGCUGUAUCAGUAUUUACACAGGGAGAGUUACUCGUGUUCAGAUUCAGGUUAUGUAUCUCCUGCACAAUCAGAGUGUAUAAUAAUUACUGUACUGUCUGGGUAUUUCAUGCAAGCAAUCUGUAAUGUUGUGCAUUUGUUUGUGCUGUUUUGAACAUUUCAUUUUGUGUCACACUGAAUAUUGAGCUAUGUUAAUGUUUAACAUAUGUUUACUCUCAUUAUUUUGUUAUUAUUGUUGACUUUUUGAAAAUUUGUGAUGUAAUGUUUAAUUGUGGAAUCAGAGAAAAAGGGUUUAUUACUUAGGUAGUAGGAUGAGGAUCCUAAUGGGUAGCAAAUUAAUUUAUAACUUUAUUUUAAAUAAAUAAAGUUUUGUCACCUUU